AACUCACUCAGCUGCUAGCAUGCUAGCUGGUUGUUGCUUCAUUGCCGAACUGUCCUACUGCCAAGUACAAAGUCAUGUACACACGCUGGGAGCAAAGGAGAUGUAGUGGCCAGUUUUGGGCAAAAGCAGCCAGCUUCGCGAGUUGGUCGGUCUCAGUUCCUUUUCAGGCGUUUGGCUCUUGACAGGGUAACCCACAGGCGAAGUUGUGGACAACUGCCUCAAGCCAAGGUGGCGCCAGUGGCGAGCCACAAGUGCUGGCAUCGGUGGAGCUGUUGACGGGAAUGAACAUCCAUUCCUAGAAGAAGUCAUUGCUAGCACUGGAAGGAGGAAGCACGGCACAACCAGUCUACCUUCGACUACUUCCAGUCACCUUCAUUUCUGGACACUUCAGAAUCACGGUUGCUCCGCAUCUCGUUCUUCCGCUGUGCUCGGUUUUAGCAUCCUUAGCCUGUACCUUUUCAUCGGAAAGAGCUGACGGUGGAAGUACCAUGACAGGUUUGUUGCAAUGGACUCUGGCGUAGGUCGUUUAUCCUCCCGCGGCGGUCCUGUAUCUUUGCCGUUGGGCAUGACGCAUGAUCGUCCGGUGACCGGAGCUGCUAUUAGCAGCACUGUGACGGUGGACGACUGGCACCCGCACACCUACAUUAUCGCGUUGCCGGCCAUAAUCCUGGUCUCGCUGCUUGUUGGCGUGAUCUUGGUGGCUAUGCUGUGGUUCCGCUUGCUUGACGCCUACUACAAAUCCAUUGCGGCACGGAAACAGGAGGCGACGGAGUCCACGGCGCAUCAGAACCACCGUGAAGACGGAGGAGCAGCGAAAGCACUACCGCCGGUGGUUGCUGAGACUAUAGCAAAUAACGACAGCUCCUUCUCCCCGGAGUGCAUUCAGACGCUGCUCGGUAUUGAUCGGCGUGGCGACGUGACGCGCAGCACUGGCCUGGUCUCGUCGUCAUGCCGACAGAUGCCGACGUGCAACGAGGACGACGUGCGGCUACGCCUGCGCUUGGACAGCCUGUUCAUGGCGCUGGAGAAGUACGCCGUGCCGCGUGACCGCCUCAUUCUGCAAGAUCCGUUGGUGUAUGGCCAGCAGGAAAUUGUCCAGGGUGCUCAGCUGCUGAAUGAGCACCGCGAGCCGAUCAAGAAAGUCCUCGUCAAGAGCCUAAUACAACAAGGCAAUGUUGCCAAGCGCGAGCACCUGCUCAAAGAGGCGCUGCUUCUCAGCACCCUGACACACCCGAAUGUACUGCAGCUGGAGGCAGUGUGCUUGGACGUCAGAACCGAUGUCUGGCUGGUCACCUGCAUUCCAGCCUACGGUGAUCUGAAAGCGUAUCUGAGAAAUGCUGCACGCGUGGCACUCAAUGACCUGUUUGAGCCGAAGGACGCAACUGAAGAGAGACCACGACGUGUGCAAGCACUAUCCUUGUUGGAGAUAGUGGAGCAGAUAGCGAGUGGCAUGUCCUACCUGGAGACGAAAGGCUUGGUUCACGGCGACCUGGCAUCCAGGAACUGCCUAAUCAUGAAUGAAGUACCAUGCAUUGUGAUUGGAGACCUGGGAAUCUCAAAGACCGUCUAUCCACGUGACUACUAUUCCGUGUCGCCAACACUAUCUGUGCCUAUCAAGUGGAUGGCACCGGAAUUGCUGCUCGGUUCCCGACACUUCACAUCUAAGAGUGAUGUGUGGGCAUUUGGCGUGACUGCCUGGGAAAUCUUUGCGCUGGGACGCUCACCAUUUGCAGCUGUGGAGAAUGUCCAGAUUACGAACUUUGUAGCGCACGGCAAAGGUCGCCUUCAGCCCGUCAAGCCCCUGCCUGCUGGAAUGUAUGAUUUGUUGACUCAGUGCUGGAGUGUUGAUGCAGAACAGAGACCAACAUUUGAAAGCAUCUCCACAACUCUGUGGUCAAUGAACAUCGCACUACGCGAGGAACUUGGUGACCUGGCAACGGAAGACACGUGGGAGGAAUUCAAGACAACUACGGCACUGCAUGUACGCAUCACCGCCGACAUCUGGGACUCGAUUGAGGACGGCCUGGACAACAUAGGUUUCUGGACUGAACCGUCGGGAGCAGAAUCCAUAAUGUCUUGAACGUACAGUGUAAGCCAGAAGUAACUGUCUUUAUUAGGGACGUGCAUGUAGCUACUAAUGCUCAAUGUCACAGGGCAAAACAAGUCAUAGCCAACUUCCCAUUUUCAUUUUCUUUGUAGUCCCCCUGGUCAUGGUCAACCACCAGUUCUCGAGCUGCGUGGGCCUACUCUUGUCGAGAAGGCACGGCUUUAGAAGUCUCCACUGUAAAUACUCGCACAUAUAAUAAUUAUAUGGACCUACACUGCAGUGCAUGUAACUACCCAUUGCAUGUAGCGUAAAUGCAUCCAGUACAUGUCAAUCGCCCAGUUGCAUUAAUUUUAGAGUAUGCUACUCCGGUGUUGAUGAUGCUCCGAAAAGUGUGCUGAUGAAAAUGAUAGUAAGCCAGGAAAGGAACAAAAGCAGCUCACAACUGUAACCAUGGCAGCAGACAGGGUAAGCACUGCCUUGUUGUGUCCAUGCAAUGUAAUGAUGACUUGCCAUACCUAUUAAUCUAGCCAGCCACACCAUGUCAUACUUGAAGUAAGUAAUUAUUACCACCAGAUAGCAUGCCAUUGCAGAUAAGGAUCGUUUUUCUGUAGGUUCAAACCAGGGAGCGCUAACUACUACUCCCUGGUUUGAAAACCGGUUUCAAUAGUAAUGCCCUCAGUCACCCCUGUAUCGGUUACUGUAGCAGCAUGCUACUGUGUGGCAUGCAGCCAUCAACAGCCACAUUUUUCC